AUAUUUGAAUUUUUUGUCUAGCUAGACACUUAAUUUCAAACAUUUAGUGCGUAAUUAAAGACUUUGUGAUUUUAUUUCCAUAAUAAAAACCAUCAUUUACGCUAAUUAAUCGCCAAAUAACAAAAAUGCGAUUAAAACUUCCAUAAAGGCCGGGUUUUCCCCAACGAUAUUUUAAUCUAUUUUGAUGGUCACUUCAUUUAUCAGAUUUCACGCCGAUAAAAUGAUAAAAAUGAAUUACAAAGUAAUGCAAACUCACUUCAAGUGUGUACUUUUAAAUCCUAGUCAGAAAAACUUUAAAAAAGCUUUUAGCAAUGUCAUCAAGUGACCCCAGCAGUGCCAACAUCGUAAAAUUCGCAUCUUUGGGUUAUGUAACUACAUUUCCAGACUCUGAGACACAAGCCGUCCUCCGACAAGCCACCGCCAGCCGCCUCAAUGCCUAUUGUCCCUACUCCAAGUUUCAAGUGGGGGCUGCGGUUGUCACCGCCACCGGGGCCAUUUUCGGGGGUUGUAACAUCGAAAAUUCGGCGUACACUGUGGGGAUUUGUGCAGAACGCACGGCCCUAGCCAAGGCCAUAAGUGAGGGGUUUAAGAGUUUUAAAGCGGUGGCAGUGAUAGGCAACCAAGAAAACGUCUACACCACCCCAUGUGGGGCUUGCAGGCAGUUUCUGAGCGAAUUUGGAAAUUUAAAAAUUUUUAUUUCUAAGCCGGACCUGGAGGACGUCUACGUGACCGAUUUAGGACAACUUUUACCGCACCAGUUUCAGAUCGACCAAUAAAUUUAUAAAAAUAAAUUUAUGAAAAUGUA